AACUGUCACAAAUAGCACAACAGUGAAAAGAUUAGGUUCCGUAAGUCAUCACAAACAGACUGACAUUUAGCAAAAAGAUAACCUUAAUCUUAAACAUCCAUGUCCCCUAGUCUAGUCUUGGAUAUAAUAAUCGGGGACAGUGCCAUAAACGGUCAUCUAGCAACAGCGUGCACACACUCAGCGAUGACUUUUAAGGCGAUUGUACUUCGCUACUCGACCUUCGCUUCUCCCAUCAGCUGACAGUGGUUCUACUUCCUCUGUCAUUAUCUUCACCGGUUCAUAUACAAGAGGCAGCAGCCAUGGGAGAGAAGAGAGAGGUGCCAAAGCCCCUGAAGAAGCUACUGAACUGGGAUGCUGUCAUGACAGAGAAAUUUGUCAAAUAUGUUGACAUGAAAUAUGGGCCAUUAAGUAAACACAAGACAACACUUAAGGGGCUGGAGUACUCUUGUCAUGGAAUACCAUGGUUGAUUGGAACAACUACUUUCAUCUUUCUCCUUCAGGAUGCAUCUAUUCGACAGUUACUUGUCAAUCUAUUUAUUGCAUUGAUCAUGGACAUUGUGGUGGUGGCAGUGGUGAAGGCAAUUGCACGAAGGAGGCGGCCAGUUGCCAACAAGGACAAUGAAAUGUUUAUCACAGUGUCAAUAGACAAGUUCUCCUUUCCAUCGGGGCACUGUACUCGGGCUGUCAUGCUCAGCAUUCUCUUCCCUCUGCAGUAUGACCUCUUCUUCCCGCUGACGGUGGCGUUGAUAGCGUGGGGCAGUGCAGUGUGUGUGUCUCGUGUCCUGCUCCACCGCCACCACAUCCUUGAUGUUAUUGGGGGAAUAGGUAUUGGCUUUGUCCAGGCCAUUCUAAUCUCCUGCAUGUGGCUCUCACAGGAGUCUGCUGCUACUGUGGUUAAUUUCUUCCUUGAUGAGACUCAGGUCGGUGCCAGCUAUGAUGUGUGAAGGAAAGAGAAAGAUAGGGAGGAGAGUGGAUGUGAGAGUUAAGUGUUCCUAUAUUCAGGGUUGUUUUGUGUGUGUGUGUGUGUGUGUGUGUGUGUGUGUAUGUGUAUGUAUAUUUCAUUAAUAUUACAGUGUGAUUGUACAUUUUUGCAUAUUUAACAAUCUUUCAAAACCUUGCUUCACACAACACACAUACACACAUACACACACACACACACACACACACACACACACACA